AUGUCUGGGUCGGCCUAUGUAAAUCCCAAUCAGUUGUUCGAGGAUGACGAUGUGGACGAUGAUAAAUUUGUUAAUAGCUUCAGGGACAGACUGCCACGACAACCUGUUAAGCCUGCAACAAGUGCGUACGGAAGUAACAGCCAUUUAACUGCCCUGGAACAGCAACGCCAAGCUAUGUUGCAAAGACAAAAAGAAAUCGAACAAAGAACGUUGGAUUCUUCCUCGCGCAGCAUAGGAUUAUUGCGAGAAUCGGAGACAAUCGGUAUCGCUACGGCUGAGGAGCUUGUUCGCCAGCGGGAAGCACUUCAAAAUACAAACAAGCGUCUUGAAGAAAUUAACACUAACUUGAAUUACAGUCAAAAACAUUUAAAUGGUAUAAAGUCUGUUUUCUAUGGUCUAAAGAACUAUAUCUCUGGUAAAUCUGAUCAAACUCCACCAAGAAGUCAAUCUUCAGCUAGUCAAAGUGCAGGACCAAGCGGUAGCAGGCUGAAUGAAACAAUAGAUAACUUAUGUAAUAAAGCCAAUGAAGAUCACUUUAAAUCGCACCCAACAACCCGUCUAUAUGACUUAGAGGUACAAGAAAAGGCACCAGUAACAGACAGUCAGCGAGUUAAUGAACUUUUGGAUGCUAAUCUUGAUGAGAUGGUUAAACACAUAACAAGACUUAAAGGCCUCGGUAUUGCUCUGGGAGAGGAAAUAGAACAACAAACUGACUUAAUAGAUACAAUACAGGAUAAGGUUGAAGUGGCUGACAUUAAGAUUGGAAAGCAAAACAAGCAAAUGAACAAAAUACUUGGCAAAUAG